UUCCCUCACCCAUACACUACCUCUCUGGGGUUCGUGUGGCCUCUCACCCUCCACUCAAAACCAGAGGGAGGGCAGAGAAGACUACCAAAGGACUCCAUGGCCACCAUGGACGUCCUCUCCGCCAAGUUCCUCCGCUCCUCCCUCCACCCGCACGCCCCCUUUCUUCCCUGCCCAUCCCUCCCGUCCCGACGCUACCGCCAGCCCUUCUCAAUCUACUGCCGCCUCAGCACCUCCUCCCCCUCGUCCUCCUCCGCCGCCACCACAUCCGAGGGGGACGCAAACCAGGACCUUUCCGCCCUCCUCUCCGAUGAAUCCACCACCGCCGCGCCCGGCGCCGGUUCCAGGACGAAGCGGCCGAACAGCGGCGCGUCGAGCAUCCCGUCCGGGGUGCGGCUGGAGAACAUCUCCAAGUCUUACAAGGGAGUGACAGUCCUGAAGGACGUAUCCUGGGAAGUGCAGCGUGGGGAGAAGGUGGGGCUCGUUGGCGUCAACGGCGCCGGCAAGACCACGCAACUCCGCAUCAUCGCCGGUCUCGAAGAGCCCGACGGCGGCAACGUCGUCAAGGCCAAGGAGAACAUGAAGAUCGCCUUCCUCAGCCAGGAGUUCGAAGUCUGCGCCUCCCGGACCGUCAGGGAGGAGUUUCUCAGCGCCUUCCAGGAGGAGAUGGGCGUCAAGACCCGCCUCGACCAGGUGCAGGCGGCGCUUGAGCGAGCAACCGAGGACAUGGACCUCAUGGGGAGGCUCCUCGACGAGCUCGACCUGCUGCAGCGGCAAUCGCAGGACGUCGACCUGGGCAUGGUGGAUGUCAAGAUUCAGAAGCUCAUGCCCGAGCUCGGGUUUGUGCCGGAGGACGCUGACCGCCUUGUCGCAUCCUUCAGCGGAGGCUGGAAGAUGAGGAUGUCGCUUGGCAAGAUACUUCUUCAGGAUCCUGAUUUGCUUCUACUUGACGAGCCCACAAAUCAUGUCGAUUUGGAUACCAUUGAGUGGCUGGAGAGCUACCUUAAGAUCCAGGAUGUACCAAUGGUCAUCAUAUCUCAUGACAGGGCUUUCCUUGAUCAGUGUUGUACAAAGAUAGUGGAGACUGAAUUUGGGGUGUCGAAGAUGUACAAGGGUAACUAUUCUGAAUAUGUUCUAGCAAAGGCGAUUUGGGUGGAAACUCAACGUGCUGCAUGGGAGAAGCAGCAGAAGGAGAUUGAACAUACAAGGGAACUGAUAAGUCGGCUUGGGGCUGGAGCUAGCUCGGGGCGUGCUUCAAGUGAGCAAAAGAAAUUGGAAAAGCUUGAGAAAGAAGGGUUGAUUGAGAAACCUUUCCAAAGGAAGCAGUUAAAGAUCAGGUUUCCUGAACGUGGGAGAAGCGGUAGAACUGUGUUAGCAAUAAAUAAUCUCAAGUUUGGGUUUGGGGAUAAGAUAUUGUUCAACAAUGCUAAUCUAAUAGUUGAGAGAGGCGAAAAGAUAGCCAUUAUUGGCCCCAAUGGAUGUGGUAAGAGCACAUUACUGAAACUUGCUUUGGGAACGGAGAAGCCACAAGAAGGUGAAGUCAUUCUUGGGGAGCAUAAUGUCCUGCCUAACUACUUCGAGCAGAAUCAGGCAGAAGCUCUUGAUUUAGAGAAGACUGUACUGGACACUGUAGCUGAAGCUGCAGAGGAUUGGAAAAUUGAUGAUAUCAAAGGUCUCCUUGGUCGUUGUAACUUUAGGGAUGACAUGCUGAAUAGAAAGGUUCGGUUUCUAAGUGGUGGAGAGAAGGCGAGGCUUUCCUUUUGCAAGUUCAUGGUGACUCCGUCUACUUUACUAAUCUUGGAUGAACCGACAAAUCACCUCGAUAUUCCAUCAAAGGAAAUGCUUGAGGAGGCAAUAUCAGAAUACACGGGCACUGUAAUUACAGUUUCUCAUGAUCGGUAUUUUGUAAAACAAGUAGUUAACAGAGUCAUUGAAGUGAAAGAUCAAACUAUCCAGGACUAUCAAGGAGAUUACAAUGUAAGUUCUCCUAUGAUCUUAACAACUUGUACUGUCUUACAAAUAUACUUGUUUCAUAUUUGUGAUUAUAUUGGGACUGAAAUAUGUUGAAUUAGUUCCUGCUUAUACACUUUCACAUAUAAUACAACAUUGUACUCUUUACAAACGCAUAAUUAAGUGCUUCUCCGUUUGUACAAAACUAUUAGCUGUCACCUGUCGGCAGUAUAAAAUAGUCUGUCAGCAAAUCUAGCAUUGGUUGUUGUAAACCAAGAUAUAAUUAUAGAUCAUGACACAACAUUAGGGCGACAAUUGCAUGUAACGUAAGAUAAUCAAUCAAAAUUUCGCUCUUUGAAUAUGGAAUGGAACUUAUGGGCAACUAAUUUGAAUUGCUCAUGACGGAUAUUGAGUGAUAAAAUUAGCAAUAAGCCUUCGCCUUUUGAAUACGACAUGAACCUUUUGGGCAACAAACUUGUAUUGCUCAUGACUGUCGGAAAUCGGGGCUCCCCGGACCCAAAGAAAGGUUCGAACUCUGUGGUGCGCACGAAGAACUUUGCUACACCUCUGCUUGCCGCUCGCGGUCUCACAACUAUGCUUCGCCGGGCUCGAGAGAGAAGGGAAGGAAUCAGACAUGGUGGUUUUCCCAUGUUCGGGCUACUUUGCGGUGUAAAACUCUACUCCUGCCUUGUGGUGGAUUCCCUCGCGAGGAGGGUGAGUAUGAACUGCCUUGUGAUAAGGGUAAAAUAUUAGAGGCUCAGGGUUCGACCCGGUCCGGCCCCUCUACGGUGGAGACUAACCUAUAUUUAUAGUGGCAUUGGUCCUCUUCCCUCAUAGCUUAGGCGGGAAGGGAUACCACAGUGGCCAAUUUUAAAGGGGGACAGGGGUACACCCUAUCCUGACUAAAGGUGGUCUUCGCUUGCAAAGUUUCUAGUCGUGACAUAGUGGUGGGCUCUGUGAUGACUUUCGUCCUGCCGAGCCAGCGGUCUGGGUCUUGUAGCACUGGAAUGUAAAUCUUUGGGGAAUUCCUUGAGAACCCGCGUACGUCCUUGCCUCCUUAACACCAAAGAGGAAACUGUCCUCUCUUGCGCCCGCUGGCGUCGUCCUGGUCUUGGUCGUCAUGGCUCACAUCAUCGCGCGUCUCGCGAGGUGGGUGCAAGCCUAGAGCGGGAGGCCGCUCCUCGGGAGUCCUUAAUGUCGUUCGGCUCGCGAGGCGGGGGCCCUCGCGAGGGUCUUGCUCGUGAAGUCCCAGCGUUGGGCCACGCCGGGCCGUUGGUGGAGCCACGCGCUGGGCCGUAGGCAGACGGGUCAGGGUACCCCCGUUCCCAGAACCCCGACAAUAGCCCCCGACCCACAGUGCACUCGACUUGGCUUCAAGGCGAAGACAUCGAGGGGAGGACGAAGCGAUGCAAGCCCUAAUUGUCUGCGGGCCAGGCUUGACGCGUGGCGCACAACGGGACGCAACCGCCUCCACUUUCCCACGUCGCCUCGGCAACUGCCCAGGCUGACAAAAAGCCUGGCACACGCGGUGGGGCCAUCAUUGCCCUGAAUGUGAAGGGACGCCGAUUGGCCUUCUCUGAUCGCCCAUAAGAGGACGAAGGGCCAGAGCCCCCAACCCAUCUCUGUCUUCUUGUCCGUUCGCCUCCAACCCUUGUCGCAGCAGCCAUGGCGCCCGUGAGAAUGUUCAUCGCCGCCGAGAAAGGCAAGGCAUCACCGGAAGAGCCGGAGCUGCCGCCGCCCCCGCAAGUUCGCCGCAACGCCCGUGGCGGCUCCUCAGGGGUGCGGGCGCGCUCCACUAGGGGUCCGCGCCGGCUCCGUCAGCCGUGGGAAGAACUCCACUCGUGGAAGUGGCCGUGGAAGUCGUGGCGGUCGUGGCCGAGGGGGGGGCAUGCGGUGGCCGCCUGGCCACCUCGACCGCGGGCUCAUUCGGCCGACAUGGCCCGUGAGUUCGUAGUGUGGAUGGAGAGUCCGCCCCGCACUUGGAUCCAACUCAUGCGUUCCUUUGCGGAGGAGCUACCGGCGCCGUCGGGUUGUGGCUGCAGCCUGAGGUUGCUGCAAUAGGUCCUCGUGGGCGGAGGUGGAGGUCACCCCCUCGAGCUACAUGUACCUGACCCGAGGGUGGCAGUCGUUUGCCCGCGCCCGCGGCCUGAAGGGGAGGCACUGUCGGAUUCAGGGCUUCGCAGACCUAAGAAGGUUCGAACUCAGGGGCGUGUGCGAAGA